AUGGAAAUGCGAAAAUCCGCAGCCGGUGUUAGUCGGUUAACUCUGGAGCAAGUGUUUUCAUGGACAUGGUUCGGUAUUGGCAUCGGCCUUUUGGCUUUUUCCAUUACGGUUACGGUUGCGAUAUGGCUCCUUAUUUGUUACUUAGUAACUGUUUAUGCGGCAGGAUACCCCCGUGGUGGUAAUGGAAAUGGUAAAAAUGGUGGAGGAGGUCGCAAUGGCGGUGGAAAAAAUGGAGGAGGUGGUGGUGGUGGUGGAGGAGGAGGUGGAGGUGGUGGCGGAGGAGGUGGUGGAGCAGGUGGAGGUGGAGCAGAUGCCCCAUCAGGUCCACCAAUUCCAAUUAUAAAAAUGGAAUCCAAAAUAAACGUGGACGGAUCUUAUAAAUAUGAAUAUGAAACUGGCAAUGGUAUCCAAGCUGAAGAAUCGGGUUUUGUUAAGAAUGCUGGAGUUGAAGGAGCUGAAGCUCUUAGCGCUGAAGGUUCUUUCUCGUAUACAAGUCCAGAAGGUCAAGCCAUAUCAUUAACUUAUAUUGCCGAUGAAAAUGGAUUUCAACCACAAGGCGACCAUUUACCAACUCCUCCACCAAUUCCACCAGAAAUUCAAGAAGCAUUGGAGAAAAUUGCUGCUGGCGGUGGUCAUCCCGAUGAUGGAAAUGGAGGCGGUGGCGGCAACGGUGGUGGCGGUGGUAAUGGUGGAGGUAAUGGGUAUUUUUAUAAAUAG